GGGAUGUUUCGCUUGUCGGCGGCGUUGCAGCUGCUGCUGCUAGCGGCAACCGGGGCCCAGAAUAACCACGGUCAGGUCCAGGUUCCGGGGGCCAACAUUGGACCUUUGCUAGGGCAAGCUGAAGGCGGCAGCCCGGCGGGGCAGCAGCUGCUUCAGUUAUCGCAGCAGCAGAAGCAGCCGCCUCAGCAGCAGCAGCAGCAGCAGCCUGCUUUCCCGGCGGGCGGGCCCCCAGCCCGGCGGGGCGGAGCGGGGCCCGGUGGGACUGGCGGAGGCUGGAAGCUGGCGGAGGAAGAGUCCUGCAGGGAAGACGUGACCCGUGUGUGCCCCAAGCACACCUGGAGCAACAACCUGGCGGUGCUCGAGUGCUUGCAGGACGUAAGGGAGCCCGAGAAUGAAAUUUCUUCAGACUGCAAUCAUUUGUUGUGGAAUUACAAGCUGAACCUGACUACUGAUCCCAAAUUUGAAUCUGUGGCCAGAGAGGUUUGCAAGUCAACUAUAUCAGAGAUUAAAGAAUGUGCUGAAGAACCAGUUGGUAAAGGUUACAUGGUUUCUUGCUUGGUGGAUCACCGAGGCAACAUAACUGAAUAUCAGUGUCACCAAUACAUUACCAAAAUGACAGCUAUCAUCUUCAGUGAUUACCGAUUGAUUUGUGGCUUCAUGGAUGACUGCAAAAAUGACAUCAACCUUUUGAAAUGUGGAAGUAUUCGCCUUGGUGAAAAGGAUGCACAUUCACAAGGUGAGGUGGUGUCCUGUUUGGAAAAAGGCCUGGUGAAAGAAGCAGAAGAAAAAGAGCCCAAGAUUCAAGUUUCUGAACUCUGCAAGAAAGCUAUUCUCCGUGUGGCUGAGCUGUCCUCAGAUGACUUUCAUUUAGACCGGCAUUUGUAUUUUGCUUGCCGAGAUGAUCGGGAGCGCUUUUGUGAAAAUACACAAGCUGGUGAAGGAAGAGUAUAUAAAUGCCUUUUUAACCAUAAAUUUGAAGAAUCCAUGAGUGAAAAGUGUAGAGAAGCAUUAACUACACGCCAAAAGCUCAUUGCCCAGGACUAUAAAGUCAGUUAUUCAUUGGCCAAAUCCUGUAAGAGUGACUUGAAGAAAUACCGAUGUAAUGUGGAAAACCUUCCUCGGUCCCGGGAAGCUAGGCUCUCCUACCUUCUGAUGUGCCUGGAGUCAGCUGUGCACAGAGGGCGACAAGUGAGCAGUGAGUGCCAAGGGGAGAUGUUAGAUUAUCGACGUAUGCUGAUGGAAGAUUUCUCUCUGAGCCCUGAGAUCAUCCUGAGCUGCCGAGGGGAGAUUGAACAUCACUGCUCUGGAUUACAUCGCAAAGGGCGAACCCUCCACUGUCUGAUGAAAGUAAUUCGGGGUGAAAAAGGGAACCUUGGAAUGAACUGCCAGCAGGCGCUUCAGACACUGAUUCAGGAGACUGACCCUGGAGCAGAUUACCGCAUUGAUCGAGCUUUGAAUGAAGCUUGUGAAUCUGUAAUACAGACAGCCUGCAAACACAUACGAUCUGGAGACCCAAUGAUUCUUUCAUGUUUGAUGGAACAUUUAUAUACAGAGAAAAUGGUAGAAGACUGUGAACACCGACUCCUAGAGCUGCAGUAUUUUAUCUCUCGGGAUUGGAAGUUGGACCCUGUUUUAUACCGAAAGUGCCAGGGAGAUGCUUCUCGCCUUUGCCAUACCCAUGGUUGGAAUGAGACCAGUGAACUUAUGCCCCCUGGAGCUGUGUUUUCCUGCUUAUAUAGACAUGCCUACCGUACAGAAGAACAGGGAAGAAGGCUUUCACGAGAAUGCCGAGCUGAAGUACAAAGGAUCCUACACCAGCGUGCCAUGGAUGUUAAGCUGGAUCCUGCCCUCCAGGAUAAGUGCCUGAUAGACCUUGGGAAAUGGUGUAGUGAGAAAACAGAGACUGGGCAGGAGCUUGAGUGCCUCCAGGAUCAUCUUGAUGACUUAGCUGUGGAAUGCAGAGAUAUAGUGGGCAACCUCACCGAGUUAGAGUCUGAGGAUAUCCAAAUAGAAGCUUUGCUGAUGAGAGCCUGUGAGCCUAUAAUUCAGAACUUUUGCCACGAUGUGGCAGACAACCAGAUAGAUUCUGGGGACCUGAUGGAGUGUCUGAUACAGAACAAACACCAGAAGGACAUGAAUGAGAAGUGUGCCAUUGGAGUCACUCAUUUCCAGCUGGUACAGAUGAAGGAUUUUCGAUUCUCUUACAAAUUCAAAAUGGCCUGCAAGGAGGAUGUGUUAAAACUUUGUCCCAACAUAAAGAAGAAGGUUGAUGUAGUGAUCUGCCUGAGCACCACUGUGCGAAACGAUACUCUACAGGAAGCCAAGGAACACCGGGUGUCACUGAAGUGCCGCAAGCAACUCCGUGUGGAGGAGCUAGAGAUGACGGAGGACAUCCGUUUGGAACCAGAUUUGUAUGAAGCCUGCAAGAGUGACAUCAGGGGCUACUGUUCUACAGUGCAAUAUGGAAAUGCUCAGAUUAUUGAAUGUCUGAAAGAAAACAAGAAGCAGCUGAGUACCCGUUGCCACCAGAAAGUAUUUAAGCUUCAGGAGACAGAGAUGAUGGACCCAGAAUUAGAUUAUACACUCAUGCGAGUCUGCAAGCAGAUGAUUAAGAGGUUCUGUCCAGAAGCAGAUUCUAAAACCAUGUUACAAUGUUUGAAGCAAAAUAAAAACAGUGAAUUGAUGGAUCCCAAAUGCAAACAGAUGAUAACCAAGCGCCAAAUCACCCAGAACACAGAUUACCGUUUAAACCCCGUGCUAAGGAAAGCCUGUAAAGCUGACAUUCCUAAAUUCUGUCACGGUAUCCUGACCAAAGCAAAGGAUGAUUCGGAACUAGAAGGCCAAGUCAUCUCCUGCCUCAAGCUGAGAUACGCUGAUCAGCGCCUGUCCUCAGACUGUGAGGACCAGAUCCGCAUCAUCAUCCAGGAGUCUGCUCUGGAUUACCGCCUGGACCCUCAGCUCCAGCUGCACUGUUCAGAUGAGAUUGCCAACCUGUGUGCUGAAGAAGCCGCAGCCCAGGAGCAAACGGGCCAAGUGGAAGAAUGCCUCAAGGUUAACCUGCUCAAGAUCAGAACAGAGCUGUGUAAAAAGGAAGUGUUAAACAUGUUGAAGGAGAGUAAGGCAGACAUUUUUGUGGACCCAGUUCUUCACACAGCGUGUGCCUUGGACAUUAAACACCACUGUGCAGCCAUCACCCCUGGCCGAGGGCGUCAGAUGUCCUGCCUAAUGGAGGCCUUGGAAGAUAAGCGAGUGAGGUUGCAGCCGGAGUGCAAAAAGCGUCUCAAUGACAGAAUUGAAAUGUGGAGUUACGCAGCCAAGGUGGCCCCAGCAGAUGGCUUCUCUGAUCUUGCCAUGCAAGUGAUGACAUCUCCCUCAAAGAACUACAUAUUAUCUGUGAUCAGUGGGAGCAUCUGCAUAUUGUUCCUGAUUGGCCUGAUGUGUGGACGGAUCACUAAGCGUGUGACACGAGAGCUCAAGGACAGGUAGAGCUGCCUGAUCACCAAAGGAACUACCUGCCCAGGGCCCAGUUUGUACAGCCUUCCUGUAUAGUGCACCCUCUCACUUCGUCCUUCUACGAGGUGGCACCAACACCCACAGUAGAGCAGCAUCAGGUGCCCUCUGCAUCUUCCCAUCCAGACUUGGCCACAUCCGCCGUGUCCUCCUCCCAGCUGCCACUGCAGCAUUGGCAGCUGGCUGCUUUGGUGGUAGCCUUUGUUGGCGAAGGGUUUACCUGCCUGUAGACAAUUCUGUCCUACCAAGAGAACUGCCAGUACUUCCAGAACCGACUCACCUGACCUGCAACUCAGAUUUUUUUUU